AUGUUCCUCUCAGCUCUUCCCCUCUCUAUGGGAAGCAUGGCUGUCACUGGGGGGGCUCAUCUUUCAUCUUUAAAUCAAGGAGUUUGGAGUGUAUCAAAGAAAAUUGGGCCAUUCCCAAAACUAGCAGCAGCUGGCAUCCUUGGUUGUUAUGCAGUGGGGAAGGCUUCCUAUGUUCCAACCUGCAGAAAUAGGUUCCAGAGACUUGGGCUGGUCUUUGGUCCAGAAUCUGAAUAUGGUUUUGGACCUGGCCCAUUUGGAGGCCGUGGCUUUGGAGGGCGUGGUUCUGGCCCAGGACCCAGACACUGCCACCAUGUGUGUGAAGAGUGUAAGCGACAGCAAGCCCCUGCUACACCAACAGAGGCUGUGCAAAGCUAAAACACACACACACACACACACACACUCUCAAUUCUAAUGAUCCUCAUCUAUUCUCCCAAGUAUGUUUGACACACCUUGGAGCCAAUCCAGGCGAUGCAUUGCAAAUAGACAUGACGUAAUUGUUUUGUAUAAGUUCUACAAAAAAUAAA